CCAAUAUCUUGCGGAAACAGCCGAAAAUGUGGUAAAAGGAAAGGUCAUAAAGGUAAAUGUGACUCCAGAGGCCAUGAAAUUCAUGCAUUCUGGAAGGGAUCUCCGUUGUAUGCGAUUUAUAAACAGCGACAGCGGCUGGUAACCGAGCCUAGGCAAAUCCUUGAAGAAAGCUUCUCUGCCCUGCAAGUUAAAGAGGAGGCUUUGUCCAAGAAAGAGGAAGAUGUUUCAGUCUUACAGAGGCAAAUUAAUAAGUACUUACAAAAGGGGUAAAUUUCUUCAGGGUAUUUUUGGGAAAGCUUUUAGUGAUUACCACCAAUCAGAGGAUGCAAUUAAACAAUCAUUAGCACUGAAAUAACAGAGCUUUUUAUCCAGAAGAAAGUAUAAUCUUGUAUGUAAAACACAAAAUUCAUUUUUUAGUGCAGAUAAAGAGGUCUGGCUGCCACGUAACAUGAAAUGUCUUGGGGUUGACCUGAGGUUCCUGAAACUAAGUGUAUGUGAUGAAAGUGUUGACAGGUUUGUUAAAAGUUUGGACAUUGGUCACAUCACACAGUUACCAGGAGUAUCAAGUGUUUCUCCCACGGUGACGGGCUUGGUUUUUAUGACUAUUGAUUUACACUUACGAGUUCCUCAUCUUUCACAAAAACUAGUGUGGUUCAGUGAAAAUGAAAAUCAUUUUAUUUUUAAGUUCUCUUGGAAGUAUGGUGUGCUGGAACUUUGGAGAUCAGGUGCAGAGCAGGGACUUUCGGUACCUUCUCCACUGUGUUAG